ACAUCACAGUGGGAUACCCACAGCACAGCAAAACAUUCUUGUGCCCACUUUGGUAACUGGGCGUGUUUCCCAGGGAGGCCUGGACAAUGCUGUGGCUGCUCUUGCCAGCACUCUGAUCUGCAGGAGCUGCCCAGCUGCACAGAGGAGGCGAGGGGAGGCUGCGGGAGAGCGUGGCAGAGUGACACGCAGUGAAGUGCUGAGGAGAGGAGCCCAGCAGUUCUGUAGCAGGAACAGCAUCUCUUGCCCAGCUGCUGCCGUGCAGGGGGGCAAGGACGAUGAAGUAUCUGCUCUUUAAAGGCUUGGGGCCUGAUGACUUGCCAACCCUGAAGCAGCUGACCAUCAAAGAAAUCUGCCAAGUAUGGGCUGGCACAUCUAAGUACAUCCGGAAACAGCUCUUGGAGAAGAAGGUGAGCUUUGCCUCCUGCCCAUGCCCCCUCCUGCCCCUCCAGGCCCCCAGAGCAGGGCACAACUGCUCUGGUACCAUCCCCAGGGGUACAGGAGUCACCGAGCAGCCUUCCUGCUUCUGCACACUCUGCCAAUGCUCCCUCUUCUUGCUUGUGUUUUCAGGCAGUGGAUGUCGGAAUUGGAACAUUUGCGCUUGUCCUCGUGCAUGUCGGGGUGGGAGAGGACGAGGUUUUGCCUGUUGAGAGACCUGUGUUCCAGCUGUGCCGGUUUAUGAAGAUGUUUUACAAGCUGAAGUGUGCAAAGACCAAAAUUCCUCACGAGACACCAGUAGUUCAGCUGGACUUUGAGCAGAUUGGGGCAAACAUCCGCUUCCGCCCACAAAUCGUGCAGCAAUGCAUACACGAGACCCUGCUUUUCUUUGCUGCGGCCAUCCUAGACAAGAAGGAGGUGGAGUUCUUCUUCAGGAGCAUUGGCAUCCUUGCUGUGCGAAGAAAUGUGGUCAGCAUGACCUUCUUUGAGGAUUGCUUGCUGGAGCUGGAUGCCACAGGGAACAUGCAGGCAGCUCUUCUCGGGAACCCCAAGAUGAUGAGGAUAGUGGCCUUUGCUGGCAAAAACGAUUAUAGUCGGGUCAGUCAAGAUGGGGUCAUCGUGCUGCCAAGGUGAGCAGAACGGCUUCUGCAGUGGUCAAGGGAGCAGCGACUCAGCCCCUGCUGUGGGACGCUCUCUUGCCGAGGCUCCUCUCCUACCCAACUUAGGCAAGCCCAGUUUCCCGAUCCGCUCACUGCUCAUUCCCCCCUGGCUUGGAGAAUGCAAAGUGGCCAGCCUCCUUGCAAUGUGACCUGAGAGUGUGAAAGGAAGGCAGGCCUGUGGGGCUGCAAGCAGGGUGUGUGCUGGGAUCAUCAGCUCUUUGGCAGGAAGGCAAGGGGAGAACUGACAGAGGCUGAAGGAGACUGGGGGGCUCCUCAGGUCGCACAGAGAGCUGCAUCCUGUAAGGAUCUGGCAGUGGCUCUCAACGAUGCCUGCUAGCAGCUUACUGGCUUCAGCUUCUAGGGAGCAUGAGGCCCUUUCUCCCAGCUGGUGCCUUCUUCUUUCCAGGC